AGAUUUUUAGAUUAAGGGUGUGUGAGAACUGAGAAAUUUACUUCAUUGUUAGCUGAUUUUUCCCCAAUCAGAUUAGCUAGAGUGUAGUGGAUGUGGAUUUGUGAGUUUAGACAUAGUGGCUUGACUCGAUCUGAUUCGAUUCGAUUCGUGCAAGAUUAGUUGAUUUUGGGAUAGUGGUGAAUUUAGAGUGAGUGAUUUAUGGCCAUUGCAAAGUUGGUUAGGAAAGUGAAACGCCCAUAUGGGUUAUGGGUGAAGAUGACAGCUGUGACAAUGUUGGGUUUGUGCUUCAUCUUUGUGUGGGGGGUGUUCUCGAAUUCGUCUUCGUCUAUUACCACACAAAGGGAAAGCUUUGAAGACAUUAUAGAACCUUCUUCCUCCUCUUCUACUUCUUCUAAAGGGGUUCAAACACAAACACAACUACCACACAAGAAGGAGGAGACUAAGGCAGAGGAAAAGCAAAAUUUUGGUGGCGUGUCGAAUAAGGAGAAGGAUGUGUUGGGGGAGGAUGAGAAGAAUGGUAAUAGUUCUGCCACCGUACAUCAGGAACAUGACAAAGGGGUGGCACCACAUAAAAGGGUGCAUAAGAACGAUAAAGAUAAAUAUAAAGUGAGAGCAAAUGAAGUGUCUGAAUCUGAUGGUAAUGAUGAAUCAGAGGAUAAGGAAGAGAAAGAGGAGAGUGAAGGAGAGUUGGAAGGUGAAAAAGAAGGGUCUGAUCGUGACGGUGAAGUGGGUGUGGAUUUUGAAAUGGAUGAUGGUGGUGACAGUGGUUUAGCUGAAUCUUUGGAUCAGGAUUCUAAACUGUUUGAAGAUGGAGGUGUGGGAACAAGCAAGGGACAAUUUAAAGGGCCAUUGUUUGAUCCAAAUGCUAGCUAUAAGUGGAAAUUGUGUAGUACUCGGAGCAAGCAUAACUAUAUUCCUUGUAUUGAUAUUGAAGUUGGUGGUGGGAAGGUUCAGAGUUACCGUCAUACUGAGAGGAGUUGUCCAAGGGCGCCAGUAAUGUGUUUGGUUCCUCUUCCUCAUGGUGGAUACGGGUAUUCGCAACCAUGGCCUGAGAGCAAAUCAAAGAUAUUGUUUAAGAAUGUUGCACACCCGAGACUUGCUGCUUACAUGAAGAAGCAUAGUUGGUUGGUGGAGUCCGGCGAGUAUCUUACUUUUCCACAAAACCAGUCUGAGUUCAAAGGUGGGAUUCAGCACUAUCUUGAGUCAAUUGAAGAGAUGGUACCAGACAUCGAGUGGGGAAAAACUAUUCGUGUUGUCCUUGAAAUUGGGUGUUCAGAUUCGAGCUUCGUGGUUGCACUUCUUGAUAAAGAUGUUUUAACAUUGACCCUAGGCUUGAAGCAUGAUCUAGUGGACUUAGCUCAGGUGGCACUCGAGCGUGGCUUUCCGGCAGUAGUUAGCCCUUUUGGUAGAAGAAGGCUUCCUUUUCCAAGUCAAGCUUUUGAUGCUAUUCAUUGUGGGGGUUGCAGCAUCCCUUGGCAUUCGAAUGGUGGUAAGCUUCUGUUCGAGAUGAAUCGGAUUCUAAGACCCAGUGGAUACUUUAUUAUGUCGACUAAACAUGACAGCAUUGAAGAAGAAGAAGGUUGGUCAAUCAAAGUUAGAUUAAGUUUUGAGAUAGUGAUGGUUCAUGACAUUAUUAGAAUCGACCGAACAUCUGCAUACCACUCAAUAACUAUCAUAGGAUAG